ACGAUUCAAUGCUUGAUGACCCAGUGCCCGCGGUCAUGCCAGUUGACUCGGAGCCCACUGUCGUGCCUGAUGACGCGGUGCCCGCUGGCGAGCCAAAUGACCUGAUGCCUGGUGACCCAGUGCCCGCUGUCAUACCUGGUGAACCGAUGCCCGCUGUCGAGCCAGACAAUCCCAUGCCUGAUGACCCAGUGCCCGCUGUCAUGCCUGGGGGCCCGAUGCCUGUCGCCCCGCCUGGGGGCCCGAUGCCUGUCGCCCCUCCUGGGGGCCCGGCGCCCGCCGCUCCGCCUGGGGGCCCGGCGCCCACCGCUCCGCCUGGGGGCCCGAUGCCUGUCGCC